AUGGCUGGCCUCGACCUUUCGGCCCGCCUUAGUGGGCGAUGGCUCAUUAGCAUGGUUACUAUCGCGAAUGCCUGCUCCAUGGCGUGGUUCGGUUAUGACCAGGGUGUGUUCUCCGGAGUGUUAAUUUCAGCCGAUUUCAAGAAACACUUCCCGGAGACCGACGAUGCUGACAUCUCCGGCAUCACCUCGAGCUGCUUUUCCAAAAUAAGUGCUGACGGUGCGAUUUUGGGCCAACUGCAGCUCGGCGCUUUCUUUGGUGCCAUCUUCGCCUUCACCCUCGGCGAUAAGCUCGGUCGGAAAAAGACCGUCGCGCUGGGUCUGGCUUGUAAUGUGAUCGGAGCGAUUCUGCAGGUCGUCGCGUGGCAUCUGCCGCAGAUGAUUAUCGGCCGUGUCAUCAACGGCUUCGGAAUGGGUCUGACCUCUUCGACCUGUCCGGUCUACCAGGCCGAAUGCUCGAAGCCCAACGUCCGCGGCAAGCUCGUGGUCGUCGGGUCCCUCUGUAACACGGCGGCCUUCUGUCUCGCCAACUGGAUGAAUUACGGGCUGUAUUUCCAGGGCGAGGCGCUGCAAUGGCGGUUUCCGCUGGGCUUCCAACUCAUAUUCCCCCUCAUCGUAGCAAUGGCGCUGGUCUUGAUUCCGGAGUCCCCGCGGUGGCUCCUUCUACAGGACCGGCCCGACGAAGCGCUGCAAGUGCUGGCCCGAUUACAGGGCAAAGGUAAGGAUAUCCACGACGCCGAUGUGUCGGCGGAAUUUCUUUCCAUCCAAUCAGCGCUGCAGGUGGAACGUAAGGAUCGCGUGCCCACGAUGGACGUGUUGCUGUGUCGCGAUAAAACGCAGACGCUGCGCCGCCUGCUGCUCUCUUGCGGAACACAGUUCAUGCAGCAGUUCAGCGGUGUCAAUGCGCUGGGAUACUACCUGCCAACCUUAUUGCAGCAGAGCGUGGGUCUCGAUGAAGAAGAAAGUCGUCUGUUGACUGGUAUCAACGCGACGGUCUAUUUGGUAGCCGCCUUCUGCUGUCUGCUUAUCAUCGAUCGCUUCGGCCGUCGCAAGAUGAUGCUCUACGGUUCCCUAACCAUGGGUUCAUGCUAUCUUAUCGCGUCUAUCUGCCUCAAAGUAGCCGCGGACGACCCGUCACGCGAGCGCCUCCUCGGCCGCGUCACCACGGCUAUGUUCUUCCUCUACUACUUCUUCUACGGCACCAGCUUCGCCAAAGUACCCUGGGUCUACAACUCUGAGGUCAACUCCCUGGGAUGGCGCACCCGCGGCGCGGCAGCCGCCACAGCCACGAACUGGAUGGGUGGUUUCAUCGUCACGCAGUUCACCAAAGUCGGUGUGGAUAAUAUCCACUGGCGAUUCUACCUGAUGUUCGCUAUAAUCGUCUGGGCCUACUUCCCCCUGAUUUACUUACUGUAUCCCGAAACCUCGCGUCGUACGCUCGAAGAUAUGGAUGAGAUCUUCAUUCGUCAUAAAUCGCCCAUCGUGUGCGGGAACAGGUCGUUGACGCAGCGGAAACGGCCACAGGAGUUCGUCGAGGCGGAGUCGAAACGCAUCGAGACGAUGGAUGAGGUGGUUGUUGGGGAUUCAGUCAAGGAACCAAAUGAAAACCCCGCCAUGAAUUCAACCUCAAAGAUGCCCGAUAAGACACAGAAAGGGAAGAUGUCACACGCGAUAGAAAAAUCUCCUCAGGCAGCCGAACCUGCUGUUUCGGAGAAAGUGACAUCGAAUAUUUCGACGAAAGAAGCCUCGCCCUGGGCACAACCCCACAAUGCGGAGACCGGGACUAAACAAAAGUGGUAUCAGUAUUUCUCGCCCAGUGACACGCCGGCCGAAAGACGUCUCAUACUGAAGCUCGAUGGGCUAAUUAUCGUGUUCUUGUUUCUGGCACAUUGGGCCAAGGUGCUGGAUUCAUCGGCGACGAGCACGGCCUACGUGAGUGGGAUGAAAGAGGACUUGGAAUUAUGGGGUAAUGAGCUCAAUUAUUUGAAUACGGUCUACAUGGUUGGAUUCAUCACGAUGCAAAUUCCGUUGACGCUUCUCAUGACCCGCACCCCAAUCAACAUCUUCCUUCCAACCGCCGACCUCCUCUGGGGCGUGUUCACGCUGGCCCAGUACAAAGCAACCAGCGUGACGACGCUCUACGCCCUACGCUUCUUCGUCGGCGCUCUAGGUGGCUUCUUCUUCCCCGCUGUACAAUGGUACCUUGGGAGCUGGUAUAAACGAUCCGAACUCGCGCGCCGCGGAGCCAUCUUCUUCGUGUCGAGCCAAGUUGGGAGCAUGAGUUCGGGAUAUAUCCAGGCCGGCGCAUACGCAAGACUAGACGGACGGUAUGGAAUUGAGGGGUGGAGAUGGCUGUACAUCAUCUGCUUCGCAUGCACCAUCCCCAUCGCCAUUCUAGGCUUCUUCCUUCUCCCAAGCACCCCGGAUAACUGCGAAUCUCGAUUCCUCAGCCCCGAUGAGAUUGCACUCGCCCAAGAACGGAUGAAGUCGGAGAACCUCGAGCCCCGAGCACCAUUCACGAUUCCCCGGAUCCUCAAAAUCCUGAAAGGUUGGCGUCUGUGGAUCCUCAUACUCUUCGCAUUCUUCUUCUCCCAGGCCGAUGGUGUCAGCUCAAACAGCGGCCUCUCUCUCUGGCUGAAAUCGCAAUUAUACUCCGUUGAGUCGAUUAAUACGAUCACCACCGUUUCGCCCGCCGUGACUAUCAUCGCGUCGAUCACUAACGGCGUGAUCUCUGACAUCUACAACACAAAAGUCAGCUUGAUUGCCAUCACCGCUCUGCUGAACAUCUUCGCCUGUAUUGUGCUAGCUAUCUGGUCCGUUCCGGUGGGAUUGAAGUUCUUUGCUUUCUUCCUCUCCGGGACGGCAAAUGGCAUUGCCGCGAUUGUGUAUGCCUGGGCGAAUGAGAUCUGUGCGGGGAAUGCAGAGGAAAGGGCACUGGUUAUUAGUGCGAUGAAUACCGUUGGGAAUGCGUUUGGGGCGUGGAUUCCAUUGUUGUAG